GGGAGAGCGGAUAUAGCGAAUGCAGGGUCCGGGGAGACCAGGUAUAGCGAAUGCAGGGUCCGGGGAGACCAGAUAUAGUGAAUGCAUGGUCCGGGGAGACCAGAUAUAGCGAAUGCGGGGUCCGGGGAGACCAGAUAUAGUGAAUGCAGGGUCCGGGGAGACAGGAUAUAGUGAAUGCAGGGUCCGGGGAGACCAGAUAUAGUGAAUGCAGGGGUCCGGGGAGACCGGAUAUAGUGAAUGCGGGGUCCGGGGAGAGCGGAUAUAGUGAAUGCAGGGUCCGGGGAGACCGGAUAUAGUGAAUGCAGGGUCCGGGGAGA